AUGAAUACUAAAAAUGCACAUAUCUCACUUGGCUCAGAAGAAUAUGAACAGUUUUCAAAAUUAUCAGGAAAUAGAUUAUAUUCUAUUUCUUUCCAAGUAAAAAAAUUUCACACUCUGAUUUGUAUUGGUUACAAGAAAAAUCAAAAUUUCAAUUACAACUUAUGGUUUUCGAAAAGCGAAGAUAAUUGUCUACGAACAAUAAUCAAAUGUAAAAAGUGAGCUGUGUUUGUGAAAUUGUUAUCGAUAAACAAUAAUUUUUAGUGAUGGAGAAUUAUUAUGGACCAAAUAUGAAAAUGGAUCAUUAAAUAAAUGGGCUAUGAAAUAUUUGAAAAACCUCAUCAUCGAAAAUGGAGAUACUUUAAGAUGGCUUGAAUUGAAAAUGGUAAUUACUUUUUUCUGAAUGUUGAUCAUUUCAAAUACUUUUUAGAGUUUUGUCGAUUGGGAAGACUUGGAUAUUUCAAAAAUUGAAAAAAUUGAUCACUUGGUUAUCCAAUCAAAAAAGAAGAUUGAUUUUUUUGAACAGAAGAAAAUUCAUUUUCAUCAGGUAUGCUAAUUUUUUUUUUGAUAAUCUAUAUGAAUCAAUUUAAGAUUUGUGAUGUUAUCACUGAAAUAUCAUUGGCAUCUUCAAAAAUAGGAUAUGAUGAAUUGAUCCAAUUGAAAUCUCAAUUCAUUCACUUUAAUGGUCAGAAUUUAUCAUUUGAAGAGAUAAAAAGUUAUUGGGAAUUGUGUAAAGAAGAAAAGGUGGACAAAAACAUCAGAAGUGUGACGUUGGUUGGAAUAGAAAAUUUUGAUAUCAGAAAAUUUCAAGAAUAUCUCGGUUGUGCUAUGAAAACAUAUAUCGGGUAUGUUUUAGAGCAAAUUAUUUUUUUUUAUUUUUGUUGUUUUCAGAAAUGAUUUUAAGCAUGAACAAUCAAUCAUGCAAGGAAGAAAACUUUGUUUUUAUUGGUCUCAUUAUUAUCAAUAUAUUGAAUUUGAUAUUAUUAAUUGA